AUGGUUGAAAAAUGCGGCGGUCUGCCACUUGCCAUAAUUGUAUUAGGCGGGCUGUUGUCUACAAAGAAACCACAAGAGUGGCGCUCGGUUCGUGAUCACUUUUGGCAACGUUUAAGGAAUGAUUCAAUUCACAUACCUUCCUUAUUAACGUUAAGCUUCAAUGAUUUGCCUUAUCAAUUGAAGCUCUGCUUUCUCUAUCUUGGGAAUUUCCCUGAGGAUUUUGAAUUCUUUAUAGAGAAAGCAAUCCGAUUACUGUUAGCAGAAGGUUUCAUACGAGAAGAUGAUGAUCGAGUAAUGGAAGAGGUGGCAAAAAACCACCUGGAUGAGUUGAUCAAUAGAAGCUUGGUUCAAAUUGAAAACAUUUGUCGGGGGAGGGUUGAAACAAGCCGAAUCCAUGAUCUUUUGCGGGAUCUUGCAGUUCAAAAGGCAAAAGAGCUGAAUUUCUUUCACAUUUACGACAGAAUUCACCAUCCAACUUGCUCUGCAACUCCAACAUCAUCAGCUCGCCGUCUAGUUGUUUAUUCGGAAACAAGUUCUUCGUUCCAACAUUGUAAUUCUCUCUCACGUUCCCUCUUGUUGUACGAUCGAGAUCAGGACUCUUUCAGGCAAACAUCAACCGCUAUUUUCACUAGACUCAGGUUGCUCAGACUUCUUCAUGUCGAGAAUUAUGGAGGAUACAUUGAUUGCCAUAGCUUACCCGAAGAGAUUGGGCAGUUGGUCCACUUAAAAGUAUUUAACGGUAAGGAUUACAUUCAUCAGAAAUCUUCCACAUCGAUUGUCAACUUACGAAAACUGCAAACUCUGGACUUACACUCUCGCCAUUUCCCCCUCAAGCUUCCCAUUGGAAUUGGCAAAUUGCAGGAGUUGAGGCAUUUAAUCGGAACAUUUGAAGUGCCUUUGCCGAUGGACAAUUUAACAAACCUUCAGACUCUGAAGUUCGAUGAUCCGAUGCCAAAGUUAGAGAAGUCACCGAACCUAGUAAGUCUGGAAUUGCGGUUUCAUUGUUACCGUGGAAAGAAAAUGAUAUGCAGGGAAAAGGGUUUUCCUCAGCUUGAAAGUUUAGGAAUUAUUGAACUGUACGACUGGGAGGAAUGGCAAGUUGAGAAAGGAGCUAUGCCUGUGCUUAAAAAUCUGGAGAUCAAGCCAAAGAACUCCGAGCUGAGAAUUCCAGAAAGAUUGAUAUCAAUCCCUGCCCCCACCAGGAGAUAUUCGACUGUACGCACUCGUUUCUGA